GCCGCUACGCCACUGUUUCAGACAUGCAGGGUGGACCCGUGCACGCUGUGUGUGGCAACACUCCGACCUGGCUCCGGGAUCCGGUCGUCCUAGGCUCUGAGUCGAAUAUCACCGGGGUGGAUCAAUUUUACGCCGAACCUGAAGGAAUGUGUGAUGCAAGAGUGGAAGCCGCCACAUACAUUCCGACGCCGGCGCUGACGUAUUCACCAUUCUCGACGUCGUCCACCUCCUCCGAUGGUGUCGACGAAGGGAUCGCUCCGCCGACAUACCGAGGACUGCCAACGCCGUCAUCGACUUCCUACGCGCCGUCCUACCUUCCGGCAUUCAGCGCCGAUUGGGAGGACAAGUUUCAGCUGUCGAUCCCGGCCUGCAGUCGCAUUCCGAAUAUCUCCGAUGGACUUACUCUGGCUGCCCUCAACCCUGCCUCUUCCAAUUGCUCGCAUUACGCUCUUCCUCCUCUUUCAGUUGCACUUUCUCAGGGUGGCAUGUAGCUGACCGCUGUAUUACUAUUGCUCCUCAACGUCAGGGUUCCCUGUCUUUCUAGUCGCGCUGCGCGAAAGGGAAGAGAGCGGCGCUCGAACAUUUCCAUUAUUCAGACACGGAUUGAUUCCUCCCCUAAUCUGCUGCGCCUCCUCUGUACAUAUUAUCGCAUCGUGAUCGUCUCGUUCGCCGCCUGUUGGUGGUCGAUCUUGUUCCUUUUCUUGUGUGCGGUUCGUCGUGUAUGUCUGUAUGCUCUAUGCGCGCAUGCGUAUCGCUUGUGUCUACCUCAUGUUUGCUGUUUGUCUUGUGGACGACGCUCU